AUGGAGUUGACCGUGGCAGAGGUCUCUGGCCUCAUCGCUGCCGGGGUCUUUGUGCUCCAGAUCCUCAUCCCGCUUGCGAUCCCCUGGGUUCUGAUUGCGUUUCUGUCGCAGGAGAAUUCCAUCAUCACAUGGACCGUCCUCGGCCGCUUCCUGCACUCGUCCCUCUGGCCCACAAUCCUCAGCUCGAGCACCGCCGAAACCGCCAACGUCCCCUGGCGUGUCUUCCUGACCUCAUGGGGCCAAACGAUUACGCUCUUCAUCAUCUCUGUCGCCGCCAUCUGCUCGCCACUGGGACUCUACACCUCGAUCGAACCAGCAAGCUCACCCACCAGCCACUCAUUCCAGUAUGUCGGCGACACCUCCGCCUUUGGCUUUGGUACCCCCGCGCGUAGUACCGGACCAUUCACACGAUUCUGCGGCGGGGCAUGUCCCGGUACGGUGGAAGAGGAAGUCUGCGAGACGCGCGGCCUGAUGCAAGUGUGCAACUCGACAUACGAGACGCGGAUUCCGUCGGAUCUUUUGAAUGUCUUCAACGAGGGCGCGACGGCGUUUAGUCCGACCGUGUCGAGUAUCUUCGACAUGCAGUAUCGGAUGUAUAGGAAUUCGACGGAUCCAAAGAGCGUCCUGAGCUGGUUUACGAAGCCGGACUAUCGGACCAUGUCGUUGCUUCUGCUCGAGGAUGAUGUUAGAUUGGUUGAAGGGUUGAUUACGGAUUUGCAUGAAGGGGGCAUUGGGUUCCGGAAUCAUACGGCGCCGAGUGAGGCGAGUCUCAAGUACGGCGCGAGCUGGGACGAGGAUAUCCUCUUUAUCGAGCCGGAGACGCAAUGCGUGCCCCUGAACCUGAGUAUCCACGUUAUAACGCCGCCGUGGAACAACGACGAGAAGAUAUUCAGGAACAUGACUCUUGUUGACGACGGCGGAUUCUCGAAUCUCCCGCGGACAACGCCCGACAUGGCCCGCAGGAUAAAUGGGCAGGCAGACUUUGAUCUUCGAGACCGGGCGUACAAAGCUGCCUGGGUCAACAACUACUACACGAUGCUCUUCUUCAACCUGACUGAUCCCGACUCUGAUAGCACGCGCAUUGACUCGAGCGAAGGACAGGGCUUUGACAUGUUUGACGAAGCAAGCAGGAACUUCAGCCUUGGCUUCUCGAGUAUCCAGACGAAUGUCGACUACGGCGCGUAUCUCGACCUGACGCGGUCUGCUAACCGCACCUAUAACCCUCAUAAUGUCACCGCUGAGCACUUUGCAGCUGCCUCAACAACCUGCGCCGGCACAACCUCUGGCAGCCCCGCAAACAUCAACAGCUCGCUCAUCACCUGCGGCCUCGUCAUGGGCGCAGCGACCCGCACUGACGGGGGCAACAACCUCAUCCUCGACCCACAAACGCCCUGGAAACUGCCCCUAUACUCCUGCGCAACGGCUAUCAAGGCCGUCGUCAAGACCGUCUCCCUGGAGUACAACGGAACGGGCUUCGACGCGCUUACAGUUCACUCGCUGAAGCCGAAGGAAUAUCCCAGCGACGCCGCAAUCCCCAUCUGGGGCGUCGAAGACAUCACCAGGAAUACAAUCAACGACGCACCGCCAAUGUGGGGAAUCGUCGGCCCCAACGCGACGGAUCUCGAGAGCACAAUCACGAAAUACAACAUCUCCACCCACUCUGCAAAGCACCUGUAUCUCCCGGGGUACAUGGACCAAUUCUACGGGGUCCUCCGGGGUCUAGGCUCCGUUCGCCGGACGACAUCGCAGAACCUGCCAGGUGUCGAGUUCUAUAAUCAAGCGCUGCAGAUGGCGUACACGGUUGGUCUGCGCUGGUACGAGUCCGAGGCCGAUUACUCGGGAGCAGAUAGUCACGCGUUGUAUGCGAAGUGGCAGAAGCUGUCGAAGACGGCGGAGGGAACUGCGUCGAUUAUUAAUCUCAUCUGGACGGAUGUGGCGACGAAUGCGGUUGUUGGGACGAAGGGGUGGGGGUUGAGUGCUGUUGCGGCUAAUAUGGGGAUUCCAUCGUCGGCGGCGAUUGAGAAGAGGGAUGUCGAGGGGGGGUCGGUUUUGGAGAGUGCGAGUGUGCCCAUUAUGGUGUAUGGAAGCCAUAUUCGCUACAGGAUUCCAUUCGCCGUCCCGGCGUUUGUGACGCUGGGUAUCACGACGUUGCUGCUGGGGAUGUUGAUCGUUCUUUUGAUUAUGAGACGGACUGGGUUGAAGAGAAUGACGAUGUUCCUCGAGUCGACGUCUGUUGGACGCAUCCUGUCGCCAUUCAUCCAGCCCGCGGAGGCGCCACGGGGAGCAGAAGCCGAGACAGAGGAGAAAUGGGUCAAGCGAGUCGGGACUCAAAAGGUCCUGAUCACCACCGACUCGAUCAAGAUCGACUCUGAAGUUCUCGAACACCGACGCCUCCUGGUACCCGAACCUGAGGAAGAGCACAAAAGGGCGAAGCCAGAUGUGUAUGUCAAUGCACUAUAACGCCAUAUAUCAUUACAAAUACAGGCUCCAACUUGAGCAUCCUCCCAAAUCUGCCCCUGAACGAUUAAUGAGCAGUAAAACCGGUCAAACUCCAGCCCAAUGCCCCGUGUCUUUUAUCUUCUGGACAGCCUUCUUCAAAUCCUCCAUGUACAUCGCAUGCCUCCUCCCCCUGAUCCCCUCGGGUAAGAACGGAUAUACCGUCCUCGUCCAGGCUACAAUCCCCAAAUACGCCGCUUGACUCGUCAGCGUCGGGUACAGGUUAUACUCGCGCCUUAAACGCUCCGGCAACCAGUUCACUGUCAAAACGCGCGCAAGCGGUAGCGACCACGCCAUGCUCAUGGGCAGGUUCCUCGGAUACAGCAGAUCUUUUGCAAGGCUGCGCGCCAUGUCCGUUACUUCUAGCGUGGCGAUGUUAUAGUCCCAAUAGCUCCAGAACUCCUCAAGACUUUGUGGCCACAUGUCUGCCGACAUUCGAAGGCUCGUUCCGAAGAUUGCACUCUCGCGUAGCAAGUUCUCCAUCUCGGCUUUCUCCAUUCGGCCGAAGAAUGUCUCUUUCACGAGGACAAUUGAGACGAAUAACGUGGCAGCCGUCCAUUUGUGUAGCUCGGGGUCAUCGGCGCUAUAGUCAUCUCCGCUUACACGUGCGUGAUAUUUGUGGAUGACGCUGAAAAUGGCCCUUUUCUCUUCCUCCGUGCCGCAGACGGCGACAUUCAGAAAGCGCGCCGUGUUGCGGAGGCGCUGCGGGAUUCGGCUUGCAAACGAGGAGUGGUUGUAGCUUCCUUUGGCAAGGGCGGGGUGCGCGAACUGGCACAAGAUAGCCACUUGGCCGCCGAGGAGGUAGAUGUCGUUUUCGACGACAGAGCGUAGGGCUGUUGGCGAUGGGGGUGAGGUUUGUAUCGGAUGUUUUUCGGACAUAUUGAUAGCUUUGGCUGUGUGCUUGCUGGGUCCUAGACUAUGGAAGGUUCCUGUGUUCGUCUUAUAUUGAAUCUCUUUAGAUGCCAGCGGCUCGUGUCGGACCGAGGUGGUUUGGAUUUCUUUGUUGUUAUUCGAGGGGCUUGUUGGAGGGGGCGAAGUAUCGACUCAGAAGAGGCGAUUCAUGGUCUUCACAUGUGAAACUUGGAAUCGCGACUUCCCCACCCGCGUCAUCGGGCUUGUAGUUGAUCAGCGCGAUGGAAACAUCUGUUCGCGCCAGAGACUUACGUUGACCCAAUCUCGGUGCAUAAACUCCUAUCCUUCACAGCUGCCUCUGUCCCUCAGGCAAGUCCGAGCAGUUGCAAUAUGACCUGUGUUGCUCGACAGACUUUCUAGUGGUUGAGCAAGAUCAAAGAUAGCACAUACCUUGUCUAUGCUGGAAUCAAAUGCUCUACAAGGUCAGAGGUGCAAGAAGUCCGCUUUUCUGACGGGUUUGAGAGGCUGAAAGUACCGAGACGACAGCAUGACAUCUACCGCGUGGCAAUUCUCUUAUUGCAGGGUGUUGAAAGCCUGUGCUUUGAGCCUCCCGCCAAUGGAAAUGUCUUCGUAUUGUAACAACUGGUGUGUGGUGACGAGUAUACACUGUUCUCACCUGCGGGCAUCCGGCGCGUCUGUCGCAUAUAUGAUGCGAUAGGGAGGCUGUCUCGUAGCGGCUGGAUCAGAGGAAGAUGGCAUUAGGAGACAUAUUCGAGGCCGAAUUCGUCGAGACCUCCUGGAAUGGCGUGCAUUCAGAAUCUGAACAAUCUAGGUGUAGGCCUGGGGCGUAAGUAGAUAGAGG